CCUCUCUGUCCCGAUAGCUCGUGGACCACGACAGUCAACCCAUCUCUUGAUCUCUUGAUCUCUUACACUCUUUCCGCCCGCAGUUGGGGAGUCGACGGCUUCCAGCAACUUGACCAUGACGGCCUCGACCGACGCCGAAGCGCCAUCCGUGUGGGUGCCACCACCACCCACGGGCAUCCCCGAGAACCAGCUUGACUUCUACCCCGCCCCGGAACCCAACGGCACCGGCGUCCUCGUGCUGCCUGGCGGUGGGUACUCGUUUGUGUCGACUGAACACGAGGGUUUCAAGACGACUGCCUGGCUCAACGCCCGUGGCUACGACGCCUGGAUGCUCAACUACGCCACGACCACCACCUCGCCAGCCCCUCUCUACCCGAAGCCCCAGCAACAAGCCCUCGCCGCCAUCGACACGAUCCGCAGGCAGGGCCGCGUCUCCAAGCUCGGCAUCUGGGGCUACUCGGCCGGGGGCCACCUCGCCGCCACCACCAUCACGGAUCCUAAGGGGGCAGCUAGUCUCGCCUUUGCCAUCCUCGCCUACCCCGUCAUCUCCAUGGACCCGUCCAUCACCCACGCAGGUUCCCGUGAGAACCUUAUCGGUACCGACGCCCCGGCCGAGCUGACCGCUCAGCUUUCGGCCGAGGCCAACGUGAGCCCACAGACGCCCCGGAUGUUCCUGUUCCAUACGGCCAACGAUUCGGUCGUCCCGGUCGACAACGCCAUGCUCAUGGCCGCCGCGUUGGCCAGGAACAAGGUCCCCUUCCACCUGCUCGUGCUGCCGGACGGCAAUCACGGCCUGUCCAUUCCCGAGGAGAAGGACGACCCGGCGAGGACCUGGACGACCGAGCUGGACCGCUGGUUGAAGUAUUCGGUCUGAACAGGUUCCGAAUGAGAGAGUUGCGGACUGCCCACACAGGAGCAAGCCGUGGCCAUUGUGAAUGACGCUCUUGCGACUUCUAUUAGUAGAGAUGUAGACCAAUAAACGUCACAUGGACUUAUCUACAGCCAA